AUGACUCUCCAUUAUCUGAAAAAACCCGCAGGCAGGGCAACCCUCCCCAAGCCUUCCGCGAACCAGUUAGGAACCCUGCCUCCGCAAUCACGCAACGACUUGGAUUACGACGCUUCUGUCAAGGUGCAGAUGCAGAGAUGGGGAAAAGUGGAGUGCGGCUGCCGACUCAAUGUUGGUUGGCCCACUGCCGAGAAUCCAGACCGGUUCGGAAGCUUUGAGGCGGCACCCAGCACAGGACACCAUGGCCGCGGCGGCGGCGGCGGCGGCAGCGGCAGUGGCAGCGGCAGCACCCAGGCAGGGCGGGCCCCCUUAUCAAGGUGGUGGAUGAUUUGUUCGACAGACCUCAUUCUCAACUUUCCGAUCAUCCAAUCGCUCGACAGGGACGGCCACGCUCCCACGUCCCUCAGCGCUAGUGGCAUGCGCGCUGAAGCAGCGACACUCCAGGCCGACACCGAGAACGACCGGAGGAGAGGAGCGGCCCCACUCGAGCGGAGCAUCGCCCGGGAUGGAAAUGACACGAAGAAAGAAGGAAGUGAAACCGGCGGAGCAGGAGCGGGGAGGGGAGGAGAGGAGAGGCAACAGAAACGCACCGAUUUUGACAUGCUUGCCUGGUUGGGGCCUUUGCAGACUCCGGGUUAG